AUGCCAGCACAGCAACGCAGCCCUUCAUGGCGGCAAUGUCAGCUGCCACGGACAGGUCCCUGCUCGCACCGACGAGGAAAAACGAUUCCGCAGCCACACGACUGGUAUCACGGGGCUUUUCAUCCGCCGGCGCUUCGCCCUCGCUCCGUGCAUUUGCCGGUUCGCAACGGUGUCGUCGGCGCGAUCAGCAUCACCCCUAAACUGGGCAGGACUGCUAGUCUCUCCCCCAUGAGCCCCUUCGACAGAGUUGUCACCUCGCAACUCGCAGAUGAUCCUCUCCUUUUUGGCGGCAUCACUCUCCCCGGCGCCGUGCACGUCAUCUCUAUUGAGAACGGCAUCCACAAAACCCUGAAUGCCCAUACCCGCGUCCCUCACAUAUGUCCCAAUAGCCAAAAGGUUUCCCUCAGCAUUCGCACCGCCGCGCAAGCGUUGUGCAAGACGCCUACAAUCCCGAUGUGUCCUCCCGUAUUGCGCGCGCCGCGACGAGCAUAA